AUGUUACGAAUGCUUCAUCCAUCAUCAGGACGUAGAAAUUUUGAUGUGAUUUCAACACAAGCAGCGAAUAAUAACAACAAUAACCAAGCAUCUCAACCUAUUACUGAGACUCAAGAUGCUGUUCAAACAGCAGAUAAAAAAGAAAUAGAAGAGAAAACAAAAAAUGCUAUCGGUGCUGCAAAUGAAUCUCAAUCACAAGCAUCAUCAAAUAAUCCAACAGCUAUUGAGAAGAAAUAA